GCUGAGAUUUACUGAAGCAUUUUGUUGUUUAGCUAGCUAGCUACCAACAACAUUUACAAAUAGCUCUACUUCCCAGAGCUAACUUUUAUGGCAUAAUGCUGGAUCAUUAUUUUGACAAACUUGGAGUCACAGGUGAAUAAAGGGACUGUUACAGCGUGUCUGUCUGCUGUCUCUAUCUGCGUGUCUGUCUGCGUGCGUGUCUGUCUGUCUGCGUGCGUGUGACAGGGCCACUAUGAGCCAAGCUGGGGAGCAGACCAACCCUCCCAGUGGAGGAGGUGAGGAGGAGACUACUCCUUUAUCAGCCCUGGCUCCUGAUGCUGCCCUACAGGAGGAGAGCCUGGCCCUGGGCCCCACUCACGUCUCUGCCAUCCCAGCCUUCCAGUGCUUAGACCAGCUGUUCUCUACUGGGAAGAUCAGUGGGACCAAAGCAGCGAAGCUCAAAGCCAGUUUCAGCCUGCUCCUUGACACCUUGAAAAGCUCUCAGCAGUCAGAAAUCCGGCUGCUGCAGGAGGCCAAGCGGUUCAGAGCAGAGCUGGAGCGCCAGCAGAGAGAUCUGGAGACGGCUGAGCAGUUCCCUGAGGGGCCGGACACAGAGGUCAGCCGUAUGAGACAGCAGCUCCUCAAGUUCCACAACGACCUGCGACAGGCAGAGGAGAGGGACUACCAGAUGAACUACCAGCUAGAGUGUCUCACAGAAGAGAAGCUUUGCCUGGAGAAAGAGUAUGAGUCUCAACCCAAACCAGUUGAGCUGGAGAAACGUGCGAAGGCCCUGAAGGACAGCAGUGAGGAGCUGAGGAAGGAGGUGUCUCAGAGGAGACAGGAGAUACACAGCCUGCUGGAGGACAUGGAGGCCAGACACAAACUGAUGACCAGGGAGCAGAGAGAACUGGACCACAAGAAGGACAGCAUAGUAAACAACCAGGCUGAGUUGGCCCAGCUUCUGUCUGUUCCUGGCCAGUUGGGGAAGGAGAUUGAGAGGAUCAACAGGAAGAAGAUGGAGGUUGAGAAAAGUAAGGCGGCCCUAGACGAGCAGCUGUCUGAGGUGGCGGCUCUGCAGAAGAUGACAGAGGCCCGCUGUCGCUCCCUGGAGGAGGAGAAGAGGGAGGUGAGGAGGCAGGUGGAGGGGCGCAGGGCACACCUGGAGGCUGCCGAGAGGGAACACAGCAUGCUGCAGAAAGAGCAGGAGAUGACCAAGGAGAAGGAGGUCAUUAUGAUGGGACAGAGAGGUAUGCUGGACAUCAAUACAGGCCACUGCAUCAUGGAAAGGAAGACCGUGCAUGAGAACCUGGCACAAAAGCAGCGUGAGAGGGACCGGCAGCUCAGAGAGCUGAAGAAGGUGGAGCUGCAGCCCAGGACAGCCCACAGUGUUCUGGUCCACACUCAGCUACUGCAUGACAAGACCAAGUCUACAGUUAAACCCUCUGUGGAAAGGGUUCUAUGUACAAGACAGGAGAUACAGUUAGAAGUGGACAAGCUGAAGAGAAACUUGAUUCAUCAGCAACCAGUAGCGGAGGUGGAGACCCAGCUGAUAGAACAGUGUGUGGAACAGGAGCAGGAGCUGAUGAGACAGUCUCACAGACACAGAGAGGAGCUCCACACCCUCAGCUGUCUGACUCAGAUCAAAGCUGAUGAGAGAGAGCAGAAGUCCAGGGACCGCCACAGGGCUGAGCAAAGAUACCAUCGCAUCAAGCAAGAGCUGAGAGGCAAGAGUCUGGUGAUCCAUGAACUCAAGAAGCAGAACCAGGAGGUCCAGUCCAGGCUUGGUGUGUUUGCCAAGCUGUACGACAACAUCAAGGGUGAUAGGAACAAGUGUAUGAACCUGAUCCAGAUGGCCUCCCAGAGAACGGCUGAGAUGAGAGAGAAGUUCAAGAUCCUGGACAACGAGAUUGAGAUCCUCAGAACCAACGCCAUCAACAAAGAGAAGCUGCUCCAGAAGUCCCGUCUGAAGCACUUCCACAGCCACACCAUCAGAGACAGCCUGAGGAACGAUAUCUCCAAGGUGACCCUGGUGCUUCAUGAGAUGAGACAGAAGAGGGAGGAGCAGAAGCUGAACCUGGGCCGGCUGACCCACAUGAUCAACUACCAUGAACAGAACCUGCUACAGAUGAGGAAGAGCCACGACAACGCCGUGCAGAGUCGCAAUGACAGAGGGGUACAGUUGCUGGAGCGUGAGGAGGAGAUGUGUAUUUUCUACGAGAAGGUGAAUGUUCAGGAGGGCCUGAUCAGAGACGGUAACAUAGAGAUGCAGGCGCUGGAGGAGGAGACGCGCUGCCUGCAGAUGAUCACCAAGGAAGAAAGAAGACAGACAGCCCUCAGCAGGAACCUGGUGCCCUGCCAGAGGAGACUGAAGGGAGAGAGCACCAUGCUGCAGAUACAGCUGUCAGAGUGUAAGGAGCGUAUGUUGGAGCUAGAGAAGGCCUUGGAGGAUCCAGGACAGGAGAACAGGGCCAGAGAGCUGGAGGGGAACGACCCAUCUCCUGUUGAACUCAUCCAGAAGAUAGAACAGCUGGAGGUUGGCUUGGCGGAGCGGGAAGAGCUGCUCCUGGAGAAGGACUUGGUGUUUGAGCAGGUGACCCGGAUCUCUCAGCGAAUCAGAGCUAAGGCCGAGAACGGCAAGCAGGACACACUGCAGCUAGCCAAGAAGGUGAAUGAGUUGCAGGGCCGUAUCAAGGAGUCAACCAGGAGGAUGAUGGCCGUGGUGUCUGAGUUGUCGAUGCGCCAAGCCAGCGCCAUGACCCUGCAGCAGGAGCUGAAGGAGAGGGAGCUGUUCCUGGACACCUGCCACCGACGCCUGGACCAGGGUCUGCCCCCCUCUGAAGACCUGGAGCAGGAGUGGCAACACAUCCUCAGGGAUGAGCAGCGCAGGCAGGCCGACCAGCAGGAGAAAGACAGGCUGGUGGAGGAGGAGGAGAGGUCCCAGCUCCCUAGUGGAGUAUACACCACGGCCGAGGCCCGACCCAACGCCUACAUCCCCCUGGGGGACACCCUGCCCCUGCCCAAGCCCUACGGAGCCCUGGCCCCCUUCAAACCCUCUGAGCCCGGCACCAACAUCAGACACAUUCGCAAGCCUGAACCAAAACCCAUUGAGAUAUAGACCUGGACCAAACCCAUUGAGAUAUACUGUAGACCUGGACCAAACCCAUUGAGAUAUACUGUAGACCUGGACCAAACCCAUUGAGAUAUACUGUAGACCUGGACCAAACCCAUUGAUAUAUACUGUAGACCUGGACCAAACCCAUUGAGAUAUACUGUAGACCUGGACCAAACCCAUUGAGAUAUACUGUAGACCUGGACCAAACCCAUUGAGAUAUACUGUAGACCUGGACCAAACCCAUUGAGAUAUACUGUAGACCUGGACCAAACCCAUUGAGAUAUACUGUAGACCUGGACCAAACCCAUUGAGAUAUACUGUAGACCUGGACCAAACCCAUUGAGAUAUACUGUAGACCUGGACCAAACCCAUUGAGAUAUACUGUAGACCUGGACCAAACCCAUUGAUAUAUACUGUAGACCUGGACCAAAACCAUUGAGAUAUACUGUAGACCUGGACCAAACCCAUUGAGAUAUACUGUAGACCUGGACCAAACCCAUUGAGAUAUACUGUAGACCUGGACCAAACCCAUUGAGAUAUACUGUAGACCUGGACCAAACCCAUUGAGAUAUACUGUAGACCUGGACCAAACCCAUUGAGAUAUACUGUAGACCUGGACCAAACCCAUUGAGAUAUACUAUAGACCUGGACCAAACCCAUUUAGAUAUACUGUAGACCUGGACCAAACCCAUUGAGAUAUACUGUAGACCUGGACCAAACCCAUUGAGAUAUAGACCUGGACCAAAACCAUUGAGAUAUACUGUAGACCUGGACCAAACCCAUUGAGAUAUAGACCUGGACCAAACCCAUUGAUAUAUACUGUAGACCUGGACCAAAACCAUUGAGAUAUACUGUAGACCUGGACCAAACCCAUUGAGAUAUAGACCUGGACCAAACCCAUUGAUAUAUACUGUAGACCUGGACCAAACCCAUUGAUAUAUACUGUAGACCUGGACCAAACCCAUUGAGAUAUAGACCUGGACCAAACCCAUUGAUAUAUACUGUAGACCUGGACCAAACCCAUUGAUAUAUACUGUAGAACUGGACCAAACCCAUUGAUAUAUACUGUAGACCUGGACCAAACCCAUUGAUAUAUACUGUAGAACUGGACCAAACCCAUUGAUAUAUACUGUAGAACUGGACCAAACCCAUUGAGAUAUAGACCUGGACCAAACCCAUUGAUAUAUACUGUAGAACUGGACCAAACCCAUUGAUAUAUACUGUAGACCUGGACGAACCCCUCUAGUACUACGUCUAACCCACCUAGAUGUAUCUGGGACUAUAAAGUGACAACAUACAUUUAAUCAACAUUUAAUUCAGUUAAAUUUCUGUUGGCACUAAUAGCACUCCAUAUGAGAUACUUGGGUUACCAGUAACAGGAGAAUAUUUAUAAUCUAGGAGUGUAGCAGCCAAUCAUCAUAGGGCCUUUAGAUUCUCAACACAAGCUCAUUAAACAGCAGGUAUAUUUGAA